GUCGUGCCGGCUGCAGCCAAAUUUCCUUGCCGCCGGUCAUCGCGCUGGCUGUGGCGUGCUUACCUCUCCACCCUGGGCCUGGAGGCUACAAUAACGAAAGCGAGGCGGGGCCCUUGAGGUCCGGGCCUUGUUCACGAACCAAUAGUAUUUGUCAGGAGCUUUAAACUGCUGUAUUAAAUCGUAUACAAUGAGCUAAUUUGUAUUAUGGAAGAAAGCUUUAAAAUAAGCAAGUGGGAUUCUCACCAUCUAAUUAACUUUUAUCUCUGUCAUCCCCCCCAAAAAACCAUUUGUUCCAGGUUCCAAGUUCUGUAUUAUGGUCUCCUUUAAUUCACUAUAACCUACUAGUUACAGUAUUUUCAGUAACUCUUUCGGUCCCGGAGAGGAUAUAUAAAGUGGUGGGCAACCCUCCAAAAUAGGAGGGCAUAAUUUAAACGUAUUUUGUUUAUUAUGGGCAAUAAUAAUAGAGGUGGGGAAAAAACUGCUGAAAGGUUUGUUGUUGUUGUUGUUGUUGUUUUGCUUGAUUUCACUCUGUAGGCCUGUAUCUUUGGCAUUGCUCCCUCUUGUGUAACUUUGAAGGGGAGAUAGAUGUAUUGGUGCUCAGUUUUAUAAACUGGUGCCAACUUAAUGGACUUUUAUCCUGUCAACCAGUGGUGGGUUGCAGGCGGCACGCCCCGAUACAUGCAUACCAGAGCCAGCCCGAAGCACCGGAUACCGUUCCGGUAUGGUGCACCGGAGGGCCCGCCCGCCCGAGCUCCUUACCGGAGUUUAAAGGCUUUUGCGCUUCCGCGCAGGCGCAUGGCGCAUAGAGCACCUGCCAUACCGGUUGGAACGGGAUUUGCAACCCACCACUGCUGUCAAUCCUUUGGUUAGAGGGAACCCUGAGGACUUUGCAAUAUGAAUAAUUCUUUGGAGAACACAAUUUCCUUUGAAGAAUACAUCCGUGUGAAAGCACGAACAAUCCCCCAACAUAGGAUGAAGGAAUUCCUGGACUCCCUUGCCUCCAAGGGCCCUGAAGCCCUACAGGAAUUUCAGCAGACUGCUGCUACCACAACCAUGGUAUAUCAGCAAGGAGGCAACUGCAUUUAUACAGAUAGCACGGAAGUGGCUGGAUCUUUGCUUGAACUUGCCUGUCCUGUUACAACUAGUGUCCAGCAGCAAACUCAACAAGAGCAACAAAUACAAGUGCAACAACCCCAACAAGUCCAGGUACAGGUUCAAGUUCAGCAGUCCCCACAACCGGUGUCCACCCAGCAGCUCUCUCCUCAGCUCACUGUUCACCAAGCUUCAGAGCAGCCAAUACAAGUCCAGGUGCAGAUCCAAGGCCAAACACAGCAGCAAGCACCCCAGACAAUACAGGGUCAGGCCCUUCAGAGCCCCAGCCCUUCUCAGUUGCAGGCGGCUCAGAUUCAGGUGCAGCACGUGCAGACUGCUCAGCAAAUCCAGGCUGCAGAAAUACAGGAGGAACACAUACAGCAUCAGCAGAUCCAAGCCCAGCUCGUGGCAGGGCAGGCAAUUGCUGGAGGACAGCAAAUCCAAAUCCAGACAGUGGGGGCACUUUCCCCUCCUCCAUCUCAGCAAGGCUCACCACGGGAAGGCGAACGAAGGAUCAGCACUGCCAGUGUCCUUCAGCCAGUAAAGAAACGCAAAGUGGAUAUGCCUAUUACUGUGUCCUACGCUAUUUCAGGGCAACCGGUGGCUACAGUUCUGACCAUCCCCCAGGGCCAGCAGCAGAGUUAUGUAUCCUUAAGGCCGGACUUGUUAACGGUGGAUAGUGCCCACCUGUACAGUGCCACCGGGACCAUAACUAGUCCCACUGGUGAGACUUGGACAAUCCCUGUUUAUUCUGCCCAACCACGCGGUGACCUACAGCAACAAAACAUUACCCAUAUUGCCAUUCCUCAGGAGGCCUACAAUGCCGUCCAUGUUAGUGGCUCCCCAACAACUUUGGCCACCGUGAAGCUAGAAGAUGACAAGGAUAAGAUGGUGGGAGGUGCCUCGGUAGUGAAAAACUCUCAUGAGGAAGUAGUGCAAACUCUUGCCAAUUCCCUUUUCCCAGCACAGUUUAUGAAUGGCAAUAUCCACAUUCCAGUGGCAGUGCAAGCAGUGGCAGGGACCUACCAGAAUACAGCACAAACGGUUCAUAUAUGGGACCCACAACAGCAGCAGUCCACGUCACAAGAGCAGGCACAGCAGCAGCAGCAGCAGCAACAACAACAACAAUUGCAAGUUACUUGCUCUGCACAAACUGUUCAGGUAGCUGAAGUGGAACAGCAACCACAGCCUCAGCCUUCCCCCGAACUUCUCCUUCCGCAGUCUCUCAAGCCAGAGGAAGGACUAGAAGUAUGGAAGAGCUGGGCACAGACUAAAAAUGCAGAGAUGGAAAAAGAAUCACAGAACCGGCUUGCACCCAUUGGUAGGCGCCAGUUAUUGAGAUUCCAAGAAGAUCUCAUAUCUUCAGCUGUAGCAGAAUUAAAUUAUGGAUUGUGCUUAAUGACUCGUGAAGCUCGCAAUAGUGAAGGCGAGCCCUAUGAUCCAGAUGUACUUUACUAUAUCUUUCUCUGCAUUCAAAAGUACUUAUUUGAAAAUGGGCGAGUUGAUGACAUUUUCUCAGAUCUCUAUUACAUACGGUUCACCGAAUGGUUACACGAAGUUCUCAAGGAUGUGCAGCCUAGGAUCACUUCUUUGGGAUAUGUUCUUCCCAGCCAUGUGACAGAAGAAAUGUUAUGGGAGUGUAAACAGCUCGGCGCUCACUCUCCUGCUACCUUGUUAACCACUCUCAUGUUUUUUAAUACAAAAUAUUUCCUGUUGAAAACAGUAGAUCAACAUAUGAAACUGGCCUUUUCAAAAGUCUUGAGGCAGACUAAGAAGAACCCUUCUAAUCCUAAAGAUAAGAGUACAAGCAUUCGGUAUCUGAAGGCUCUUGGCAUCCACCAGGCAGGCCAGAAAGUUACAGAUGACAUGUAUGCAGAGCAGACAGAGAAUCCUGAAAACCCAUUGAGGUGUCCUAUAAAACUUUAUGACUUCUACCUCUUCAAAUGCCCGCAAACUGUGAAAGGCAGAAAUGAUACAUUCUAUUUGACUCCUGAACCAGUGGUGGCUCCCAAUAGUCCUAUCUGGUAUUCCAUCCAGCCAAUCAGUCGAGAGCAAAUGGAGCAAAUGCUUACCCGGAUUCUGGUGAUACGAGAAAUUCAAGAAGCUAUUGCGGUGGCCAGUGUCAGCACCAUGCACUAAAGGCAUCCCUCCCAGUUCAGGAAAAGGGUGCUGGGUGUAACUGGGCCGGGUGGAGUGGCAGCAAGGCCAGGAUCAAUUGUACAGCCUUUUACACUAAAGGAGAUGCCUAAGUUUUUUUUUAAUUGGUGUAGUUAAGAAGCCCUUUUAGGCUUCUGGUUAAUAAGACCCUUUCCAUUGUGUAUCUGACCCUUUUGCAUCAGCUUUCUGGACACAUUGAAGGCUGCAUUCUUUCUUUAGGAGCUCUGAGGUUCCGUAGGUUGACUUUGGGGUUUUUUAUGAUGUGAAGAAAACAAAUUUAAUUGGUGGACUUGGCCUGGGUGGGCCACUACAUUCAAGCUCAUGAACUUGGAAGCAGAAAACGGUGGAUAUCUGCUUGACCUUAAAAAAAGGUGGUUUGCAGUUUCCUUGUGCUUGGACACUAACAUGUCCUAGAGGGGGAUGUCCUGCAAUUAUGAUUUAUAAGGAGAAGAAAAUCAAUUUCUAUUAAGACCUUAAAAGUGACAUUUUUAGAUGUUAAGUACAAACUACCACACUUCCUUCUCUCUUUUUUCCUUUCUCUCUCUCUUUCUUUCUCUCUCAUUUGGCCUGAUGUUGAGGCCUUAAAUCCUUGAGGCUCCUGUGCCUAAUGGAAUUCUUGUAACAUACACUUGUGUAUCAUAUAAAGAUACCACCCUGUUUCUCUUAUGUAUUCUUAUGCUAGUUGUUUAUUAAGAAUGACGAGCACGUCUUUUGAACAUGA